GCAGGAGCCCAGCCGCUGCGCCAUGCCGGGCCCCAGGCGGCCUGCAGCAAGCCCAACGCCUGCCCCCAGAUAGUCAUGAACAGCCAUAGCCACAAUGGCGGUUUGGGGCAGCUGCUGGGCAGCGGGCCAGGGGCCCUGGGCCGUGACCCCACAGACCCCGAGGCCGGCCGUGCCCCCCAGCCCCUGCACAGCCCAGGCCUGCAGGUGGUCGUGGCCAAGAGUGAGCCAGCCCAGCCCUCGCCCAGCAGCCCCCGGGGACAGCCCCAAGAUGAAGACAAGGAGGAAGACAAGGAUGAGGAGGAUGAGGCAGGCAGGCGGGGGCGCUCAGGGAAGCCCCUGAACGCAGGCCACCGUCUGGGCCACCGGCGGGCUCUCUUUGAGAAGCGGAAGCGGCUCAGUGACUACGCACUCAUCUUUGGCAUGUUUGGCAUCGUCGUCAUGGUGACCGAGACAGAGCUGUCCUGGGGGGUCUACACCAAGGAGUCCCUGUACUCAUUUGCACUGAAAUGCCUCAUCAGCUUCUCCACCGUCAUCCUACUGGGCCUUGUCGUCCUGUACCACGCCCGUGAAAUCCAGCUGUUCAUGGUGGACAACGGGGCGGACGACUGGCGCAUUGCGAUGACAUGCGAACGGGUGCUGCUUAUCUCUCUGGAGCUGGUGGUGUGUGCCGUGCACCCGGUGCCCGGCCACUACCGCUUCACGUGGACGGCACGGCUGGCCUUCACGUACGCGCCGUCGGAGGCUGAGGCAGACGUGGAUGUGCUGCUGUCCAUCCCCAUGUUCCUGCGCCUCUACCUGCUGGGCCGUGUCAUGCUGCUGCACAGCAAGAUCUUCACAGAUGCCUCAAGCCGCAGCAUCGGCGCGCUCAACAAGGUCACCUUCAACACACGCUUUGUCAUGAAAACACUCAUGACCAUCUGCCCCGGCACUGUGCUGCUUGUCUUCAGCAUCUCAUCCUGGGUCGUUGCCGCCUGGACCGUGCGCAUCUGCGAGAGGUACCACGACAAGCAGGAGGUCACCAGCAACUUCCUAGGCGCCAUGUGGCUCAUCUCCAUCACCUUCCUCUCCAUCGGCUAUGGUGACAUGGUGCCCCACACCUACUGCGGGAAGGGCGUCUGCCUGCUCACUGGCAUCAUGGGGGCCGGCUGCACGGCGCUCGUGGUGGCCGUGGUGGCCCGGAAGCUGGAGCUCACCAAGGCCGAGAAACAUGUCCACAACUUCAUGAUGGACACACAGCUCAACAAGCGGGUGAAAAACGCCGCUGCUAACGUUCUCAGGGAGACAUGGCUCAUCUACAAACACACCAGGCUGAUGAAGAAGCCAGAUCAUGCCCGGGUUCGGAAACACCAGCGUAAGUUCCUCCAAGCCAUCCAUCAGGCUCAGAAGCUGCGGAGUGUGAAGAUGGAGCAGCGGAAGCUGAAUGACCAGGCCAACACGCUCACUGACCUGGCCAAGACCCAAAGUGUCAUGUAUGACCUAGUGGCCGAGCUGCAUGCCCAGCAUGAGGACCUGGAGACCCGCCUGGCCGCUUUGGAGAGCCGCCUGGACGCGCUGGCCGCCUCCCUGCAGGCCCUGCCUGACCUUGUCGCCCAAGCCAUACACCCGCCGCCGCCGCCCCUGCCACCCCGGCCUGGCCCUGGGCCCCCAGCCCCGGCUGCCUGGAGUCCCUCGAGCUGGUGGCCACCUGCGACCUCCUCGGACUGCGGGUGACGGACCUGCCCGCCACCAGACCCCAAAUCUUGGCCAUC